CGGCCCGCAGCCAUCCGCUUCCGGGUCGGCCCGAGCCGCCUGCUCUCGGAGGCUGCUGGAGCUGCUGCCCGGCCGUCGGCGGUCCCUGCCCCCCGGAGAGCCCGAGCCGCGCUGCCCACCUCCAGCCCCGCCCCCCGCCGCCGGGAGAAGCGCCGCGCCGUCCCGGGCCGCCCCCGAGGAGAGGACACCCGGGGCCGGGGCCGCCGCGGGGUCGCGCCUCGGGCCAACGCCGCGGUCCCUGGCAGCGGGAGCCGGCGCUGCGGCGGAGCGCGGACCCCCCCGUCCCCGGCCGCCCUGUCCGCCUCGCCCGGGGAAGGCGGAAGAUGCCAGUGAAGAAGAAAAGAAAAGCCCCCGGAGUGGCAGCGGCGGUCGCGGAAGACGCGGGCCUCAAGAAGUGUAAGAUCUCCAGCUAUUGCAGAUCCCAGCCUCCUGCUAGACUAAUCAGUGGAGAGGAAGAUUUUUCAAGAAAGAAGUGCCUGGCUUGGUUUUAUGAGUAUGCAGGUCCUGAUGAAGUUGUAGGGCCAGAAGGAAUGGAAAAAUUUUGUGAAGACAUUGGUGUUGAACCUGAAAAUAUUAUUAUGUUAGUUUUAGCGUGGAAAUUGGAGGCUGAAAGCAUGGGAUUUUUUACCAAGGAAGAGUGGUUAAAGGGAAUGACCUCAUUACAGUGUGACUGCACAGAAAAGUUACAGAGCAGAUUUGAUUUUCUGCGCUCACAGCUGAAUGACAUCUCAUCGUUUAAGAAUAUCUACAGAUAUGCCUUUGAUUUUGCAAGGGAUAAAGAUCAGAGAAGCCUUGAUAUUGAUACUGCUAAGUCUAUGUUAGCGCUGCUGCUUGGGAGAACGUGGCCACUCUUUUCAGUAUUUUAUCAGUACCUGGAGCAAUCAAAGUAUCGUGUUAUGAACAAAGAUCAGUGGUACAAUGUAUUAGAAUUCAGCAGAACAGUUCAUGCCGAUCUUAGUAACUACGAUGAAGAUGGUGCUUGUUUCAGAGGGCCUGUUCUACUUGAUGAAUUUGUUGAGUGGCAAAAAAUCCGUCAAACAUCAUAGCAAGAACUGUUGUGAAGAAAAUGCAAAUCUUGUGAAGAAAAUACAGAAAGAAGGAGGACAUACAAGGGUGCAUUUUCCCUCACGAAAGACUUCUCAUAGUACUUUUUUCCUUU